AUGGCGAAUUGGGAAGAACUCCCUCAAGUGAUCCGAGGACUCAUCGUUCGUCGACUAGCCACGGAAGACUUUUUAGCUGUACGACGGGUGUGCACCUCAUGGCGGACCGCUGCCGCCAAAGAGACGUUCAAUGCAAAAUCUAGAGCCCCGUGGCUCAUGAUUUAUACGUACAGCCGAAUAGCCAAGUUCUGCAGCCCCUCUACAGGGAGUACUUACCCAGUGCAGUUGCCACGAUACCAUGGCCAGACCAUGUCUACACCAGGAUGGAUACUAGUGUCUAGGGGGCCCAGCGAGUACCGUAUCGUCAAUCCGCUUUCAUGCAUCAGCAUCGAACUCCCCGCCUUGGAGAAGCUUCACGGCGACAUACAUCACAUCCACAAGAUCGCAUUGUCCUCAAGCCCUUCUUUGUCCAGGAGCUACGCAGUCAUGAUUUCUUAUGGCAGAUCACAAGGGUUUGCCUUUCUCAGAUCAGGAGACGAUGCGUGGACAGCAGUGAAUGAUGCGACGCAUCUGCCUUGGUCCAACGUCAUUCGACUGGUUUAUUACGAUGGGCUAUUUGUGGCCUUGGAUGAGCAGAGUCGAAUAAUGACUCUAAACGAGAGAAAGAGUCGCAUGGAAUCGCGACUAGUUCUAGGGCUGGAUUGUUAUGCUGACGGCGAUCCGUAUCUCGUUGAAUGUUCGGGCUCAUUGCUAGUGGCUUGGAAGAUAUGGGGCGAAAAGUAUGGUGGAUACGUGAAAGAGAUUCGAGCUUUCAAAGUUGAUUUGGAGAAGGGAACUGAGGAAGAGAUCAAGAGUUUGGGGAACGCGUCUAUCUUCUUGAAUGGCAACGCUUCGUUCUCGGUGGAGUUCAACGCCGAGUCUUGCCUUCCCGGGAUCAAGCCAAACAGCGUCUAUUACCCGGAUUACGAAGAUGAUCAGAUGAAGAGUUACGGCAUGGAGGAUGGAAAAUUCGAGACAUACAUCGAUGAAACUAGCAGUUGUCUCUUUGAUGCAACUAGCAAUUGUCUCUAUUAUGAUGCAACUAACAGGCGUCGCAUCUAUGAAGCCAAAUGGUUCCAACCUGAUUUUUGA